AUGAUUGGGGUCGAGGGGAGGCUGGGCACAUCUGAACCACUCCGAACAUGGUACACAGUGAUGCCGCAAAUAAUUUUGUUGUUUAGUGGAAAGAGAAAAUCAGGAAAAGAUUUCCUUACCACACAUUUACAGAACUUGCUCGCAGACAAAUGUGAAGUUUUAAAAAUAUCUCACCCGAUAAAAAGUCACUGGGCCAAGGAGAAUAAUUUGAAUUUGAAUGAAUUGAUGGGUGAUAGUGAGUAUAAGGAACAAUACAGACUUGAUAUGAUCAACUGGAGUGAAGAGAUGAGAGCCCAAGAUUAUGGAUAUUUCUGUAGGAUCGCUUGUCAAGAUGCGACAGACAAGCCAAUAUGGAUUGUAAGUGACAUCAGACGAAAAACCGACAUAAAAUGGUUCAAAGAAAAAUAUGGAGACCAAACUAGGACCAUAAGAAUAAUAGCCGACGAAGAAACAAGGAAGAAAAGAGGUUUUAUUUUUAAGUCCGGAGUAGAUGACGUAGCUUCAGAGUGUGAUUUGGAUGACUUUGUUGAAUGGGAUCUUGUGUUAGAUAAUAGUGAGGGAAAACAGAAGUUAGAGGAACAAUUGAGCAGUAUAUUAGGGCUGGUUUCUGGGUUAUGAUGUUGGGUUAAAGCUGCUCUUUAGGCAGUGGAUAGGAAAUAUUGGGUUGGUUGCUGUCUGUAGUAUGUAGGUGAGUGGUGCUGUUUGAUUUCUAUUAUUCAUAUUAUACAUAGUAUAGUAUGUAUUUUAUAUCUUGUAUUUAAGAGAUUUGAUAUAUUUACAAUUAGUUUAAUUUAUGAUACAAUAGUAUUGACUAGUUGGUCUAGUAAUUAGAAUUGGGUAGUUUCCUAGGUCAAAAAUAAAUUAAUU